CUGAAGAGGACUUUAAGAAGUUUGAGGACGAAUACUUCGAUGAGGCGAUCUAGUCUUCGGUGUCAUAGCAACAGAAUGUGUUUAUAAAUCGAUUCCGGGAGCUAUAAUGGCAAGAAUAACUGAGGAAUUGGUUAGAAAAAGAUCAGAACAUAAUGAGAGGAUGAUUGGAACAUUGGAGGAACUCUCGCUGCACCAGGAAAACAUUGAGAAAAUCGAACAUUUGCACAAUUGGUGCUCUGAUUUGAAAAUUCUUUUACUUCAGAGCAAUCUCAUCAGCAAGAUUGAGAAUUUAUUCAAACUAAAGAAGCUGGAGUACCUGAAUCUGGCGAUAAAUAACAUUGAAGUCAUAGAAAAUCUCCAUCAAUUGGAGUCUCUUGAGAAGCUUGAUCUCACCUUGAACUUCAUCGGAGAACUCACUAGUGUGAAGAAUCUGGCUGAGAAUUACAAUCUAAGGGAGUUAAUCUUAACAGGAAAUCCCUGCUGUGACUAUCAUGGUUAUCGAGAAUUCGUUAUAAACGUAUUGCCGCAACUUAAGCAACUCGAUUGUGUGGAUAUCACAAGAACUGAGAGGAUUCAGGCUGAGAAAAGAUUGCCAGGCAUUUAUUCACACAUCAUACAGUGUCAAGUUGAGUACAAAAUCCGUCGUGAUGAGCAAAAACUUAGAACAAUGCAGAAACUAGAGCAGGAUGCUAAAGCCAUGGAAGACUUAACUGAAGAGGAACGCACGAAGAUGUUCUGGAAUAUGAAGAGUGAACAUAGUCCUGAGAUGAGAAUUGAAAUAGCCAAGAAGCACCACAAAUCGCAGCAAAGCAUCACAACUGACUCCUCGAUGCCGCCGAAGAGAACUCUGAAGCUUUUCUCAUCAUCCGGACGUCCUUUUUGCGUGAACGAACCUAAGAUUGAUUUCCACUUCUGCGACGAGGCGGACAGAUAUGAACUGGAAGUGAAGGUUUUCAAGUUUUUGGACACCGCACACUUGACUGUGGAUGUGCAGCCAAAUUACGUGCGAGUAACGGUGAAGAAGAAAGUCUUUCAAUUGGCACUAGAUGAGGAGGUCAAGUGUGAAGCAUCAUCGUCUCAGAGAUCAGAAAUUACUGGGCAUCUUCUCAUCAAAAUACCUAAGCUCAAUGGAAGGAUUACUAAGAACCUUGUCAUCGGAAUGGAGAGAAAGACAGCAGGGAAAAGACCAAAACAUUCCUGCAUUGAUUACAGAAAUGUCGUGGAAAUAAGUGAAGAUGAUGAGAUUCCAGAUCUUGUUUAAAAUAACAACGUGCAAAUUAAAAAAAAAAUGUGUU